CUCGAACUUUUUUCUUCUACAUAACACAAUGCCACCACGAUUCGGAGGAGCUCCCAAAUGCCCGAGAUGCGAUAAAUACGUAUAUAUGGCGGAACAGGUGCUAGGACCAAACAGUGUAUAUUACCACAGAGCUUGCUUUACGUGCAAGGAAUGUAACAAGUCACUUGAUUCAACUACAAUGGCGGAGCGCGAGGGACAGGCUUAUUGCAAAACUUGUUACAAUCGUCAAUGGGGUCCCAAAGGAUAUGGAUCUGGAGGUCUUUCAUUCAUGCACACGGAAACUAAAACAGCCAAGGAAGUCUUGGCCGAGUCAGACUGGGCAGCAGAGCAAGCGGCAACAUCGAAGGUACCAACGAACUUUAAUCAAGCUGCGGUCCAGCCGGCGUCACCGCAGCAAACACAACCGAUCGCAGCUCCCAGCCUACCAGCCAGACCCACAAACAAUGCUCCAUCACUACCUUCUCGACCGAUGGUCACCAAAAACGCUUCAGCUCCUCCUGCAAUCCCGCCAAAGCCGUCGACUGUAAACGAGCGUCCCAGCGCUUACGUCAACAGCAGAACGGGAUAUGUACCGAAGAAAAUGAGUUUUCAGGUCAACAGCGAUUUAUGUGCAAAAUGCGACAAACCAGUGUACGCUGCCGAACUCAUUCUCGGCGCAGGCAAAAAGUACCACAAAAUGUGUUUCCGGUGCUUAAAGUGCAACAAAUUGUUGGAUUCUACGAGCAUGGUAGACAAGGGGUUUGAUAUAUAUUGCCGGCCUUGCUACAGUAAAGAUUUUGGACCUAAGGUUGGUUUAGCUAUGGCUUUUUUUUUUACUGGGAAUGAGUCUCGCUUUUGCUCAAACAUUAACAUUCCUUAGGGUUAUGGUUACGGAGGACUAUUAUCGACUGAAGGCGCUACCCGAUAGAAUAAUGCUUCUACUCAUAAUAAAUAUUGCGACGGUUCAGUAUUUGCAAGUUGAUACAACUUCA